CGUAUACCACGUGGUUUCGGAAAUUCCCCUUGAGUCCAAGCAGUCAGGGGCUUUCCAGUACCCGAGCUUCAAAUUCAUGGACGUGUACAGGCUCAUAUGGAACAGGCUAAUACUAAAUGGGAAAGAAACCCAUAUUAUUUUUUCUUCAUGGAUUUGUUUAUGGUUUAGCUUGUUGCAAAAAAUUGCGCAAUCGUUCAGUUAGGUAAGCAGCUGACUCUAAACAGAAACUACACGAGAUCUGACCAACGUCACAGAUAAAAACGAGUCUGAAAGCCGGUUUGGAUGAUCCUACAACAACACACAGAAUGGCCGGAGCACUAAGGAUGGAUGACACACAGUAUCCAAUGAAGUUUGGAGAGUCUUUACCAUUUAUGAUGGACCUCCAAUAUCUGCAUCCACCUUUUGAGGUUAAGGCUGAACCCUAUGUGCAAGAGACAGUACAUGGACCUUAUCUGCAGAUAAUCGAGGAGCCUAAACAGAGAGGAUUCAGAUUCCGUUAUGAAUGUGAGGGCCCGUCCCAUGGAGGUUUGCCAGGGGCUUCCAGUGAAAGAAACAGAAGAACAUAUCCCACAGUCAAGGUUGCCAACUACGCGGGCCACGCUCGUGUAGAGGUUCACUUAGUGACACACACCGACCCCCCUCGCGUUCACGCACACAGCCUCGUGGGACGCCACUGUAACGACAGUGGCAUAUGCAUCAUUGAUGUGGGGCCCAAUGAUCUGACAGCACAAUUCAGCAAUUUAGGCAUUUUGCAUGUCACUAAGAGAGGAGUGGUGGACAUACUAACUAAAAGGUUAAGAGAAGAGAAGAGGAGGUUAAAAGAGCCUGGUUAUAAGUUUAGUGAUGGAGAGGAACAGGCUAUUUUGCAAGAAGCCAAAGAAUUGGGUAAAAGCAUGGACCUAAACAUUGUGAGAUUAAAGUUCACAGCUUACCUUCAGGAUAGCAAUGGAGGUUUCACCAGAGCUCUGAAGCCUGUUGUCUCCAACCCCAUAUAUGACAGUAAAUCACCAAAUGCAUCCAAUCUGAAGAUUUCCCGCAUGGAUAAAACUUCAGGAUCAGUGCUCGGAGGAGAAGAAGUCUUUCUGCUCUGUGAUAAAGUUCAAAAAGAUGAUAUCGACAUCCGUUUCUAUGAGGAGGAAGAAGAUGGAGGGUGGGAGGCCUUUGGAGAUUUCUCCCCCACUGAUGUUCACAAGCAGUAUGCGAUCGUGUUUAAAACACCGGCCUACCGCUGCACAGACAUCACACGGCCCGUCACAGUCUUCCUGCAGCUCAAGAGGAAGAAGGGUGGCGACUGUAGUGAACCCAAGCAGUUUACAUAUAUUCCACACAAUCAAGAUAAAGAAGAGGUCCAGAGGAAGAGGAUGAAGGCCCUUCCUCAGCCCUACGAUCACUGGAGAGGAGGAGCUGGAGGCUUUGGAGGUCCUGGAGCUGGAGCUGGAACAGGGGGAGGAGGGGGAGGAAUGGGCGGAGGUUAUCAAUUCAACCACACAUUGGAUAAUUCAGGAUUUUUUGUUCCAAAUUGUGGCUUUGGGGGAGGAGCACAGAUGUCUAGCUCCGCCCCUCAGACUGAUGGAUCUCAGAAUCAACCAACAAACACACAAGCUCAGCCUGGCUCUCAAAUGCAACAGCAAUUAAUUCAGAUCGUUCUGCAAAAUCAUGCCACUUUGACAGCAAAGAGCACUGCCCAAGCUUUAUUAAAGUACUGCAGCACCGGAGAUGUGCAGCCUCUGCUGACUCUACAGAGACAUCUGUGUGGAGUGCAGGAUGAGAACGGAGACACGCCUCUGCACUUGGCCAUCAUCCACCAGCAACCUGCUGUGGUGCAGCAACUUAUUCAUUUAAUGACUAAAAGCCCACAGCAGAAGUUCAUCAACAAAUUUAACAACCUCAGUCAGACACCAUUGCAUCUAGCCGUGAUCACAAAGCAGCCCAAGAUAGUUGAGAUUUUGAUGAGAAUGGGGGCAGACCUGAGUCUUCUGGAUCGAGAUGGUCGAACAGCACUUCACCUGGCCGCUCACACUGGAGAUGAAACUAUAUUACGAGUGGUCCUGGGAAUGCUGGGAGAACGCUAAGCCCAUUUAGUGAACUGCGCUGACUUCUCAGGUCAGUAUCCAGUUCAUAUUGCCGUGAAGAAAGAUGGCGAGCACUGUCUUAAAUUGUUGGUGGAGGCUGGAGCAAAAAUCAACAUGCCAGAGCAGAAAAGUGGCUACACAGCACUACACCUGGCAGUGCGAGACAACCUUCUAAAAGUGGCCUGUAAUCUCAUUACUGAGCUAAAGGCUGAUGUGAAUGGAUGUACGUAUGGUGGUAACAGUCCUCUUCACCUCGCGGCCAGUCAGGGUUCUCCUCAUCUCUGCUCCAUGCUGAUCGCUGCAGGUGCCAAUAAACGCCUGGAGAACGAUGAGCCUCUUUUUCUGAGCUCAUCUUCAUCAGAUGAAGAUGACGAAAGCGAAACAAAUAACGGCAACAGGCAGCUUCAAGCUGAGAUCGUUCAGCAAGUUCAGUGCAUGUCGAUUUCAUCCGAGAGAUGUGCAUUCAACCCACGCAAGAGACACGCAGCUGGACACACACCGUUUGAUCUGGCCAAAUGCCAAAAGGUUAAAGAUUUAUUAGAUGGUAGAAAAGCUCCUAAGACUAGUCCUUUUGCUUCCAAAAGGACCAAAAUUAGCACAGAGGAAGUGAACCAGAGUUUAGAUAAAGAGGUGCUUACAAAACUGUGUGAUAUCCUCAUUGAAGACAAUGUUCCCUGGAAAAAGCUGGCAGAAAAACUGGGCAUGCUCACUUUAACUCACCUGUAUCAGGAGAGCUCCACGCCGUGCCAGAUGCUGCUGGAGAACUACCAGUUGAGUGGUGGUCCGGUGGAUGUCCUGGUGGAGGCACUUCAGUCACUAGGUGUGAGUGAAGGAGUGAGACUGCUGAAAGACUGCAAACCCAAAGAGGACGAGCAAAAUUCAGAUUCUACAGCAGACAGCGGUUUUGGUAGUCAGUCAGGAUUCACUAUACCCUCUUCCAUUGGAGAGGGUGUAGCGAAUCCUGCCGUGGCCAAUCACUGAUCAUCAAGAUCCAUCCAUUGAGGAAAACGUGGCACUUUAUUUAGAAGCCUCUGCUCAGACUGAUGGGGCGAACUGACGGCUAACUAUUCAUCAUCUCAACCAUGUGGAAAUAUAAAGCACAUCGCAGAAGGAUUCAAAGAGGAUUGUCCUGAGGUCAAAAGCAUACUGGUAUUACAUAACAAAACAUUACAGCAGUUCUCAGUUGCUUUGAGACACAUCGAUUCUACUGGGUUUGGACUGAAACUGUGAUUUUAGUGCAGACAUUUCAAAUACUUGUAUUUAAAGAACAACAACUUGCUAAAAGUCACAUCACGGUAACAAGUACAGCUGUAAUCUUCGAAUAUAUUUGCGGUAUGUGUAAUAAGUCUGUUGUAAGCUCUUGUUUGAUAUAUGCAGCCUUUGAGAAAACUCUUGCGUAUUUGUAGAUCGCGAAGCAAUGCAAUGAAUUUCGUCUAUUUUCUGAUACAUCUUAAUACCUUCAUUCAACACUUUUAUUUAUGUUUAUUUUUGGUUGUUGUUAUGUGCUUGUGCUGUGGAUGAGUAAACAUGUGCAUGCAUGUUUUAAUAAAGCUAUUGUGUACAUUA